CAGGAGCAUUGGUUUGAAAAGGCUCUGGGGGAGAAGAAAGGAUUUGUCAUUAAGAAGAUGAAGGAGGACGGAGCAUGUCUGUUCAGGGCUGUGGCUGACCAGGUAUACGGCGAUCAGGACAUGCACGAGGUGGUGAGGAAACACUGUAUGGAUUACCUGAUGAAGAACGCUGACUACUUCUCCAACUACGUGACCGAAGACUUUACCACAUACAUCAACAGGAAGAGAAAAAACAAUUGCCAUGGCAACCACAUUGAGAUGCAGGCCAUGGCCGAGAUGUACAACAGACCUGUGGAGGUGUACCAGUACAGCACAGAGCCAAUCAACACAUUCCACGGCAUCCACCAGAACAACGACGAGCCAAUCAGAGUGAGCUACCACCGCAACAUCCACUACAACUCUGUGGUGAACCCCAACAAGGCCACGAUUGGGGUCGGACUGGGACUGCCUGCCUUCAAACCUGGGUAUGCAGACCAGUCUCUGAUGAAGUCGGCCAUCAAGACGUCGGAGGAGUCGUGGAUCGAGCAGCAGAUGUUGGAGGACAAGAAGAGAGCGACGGACUGGGAGGCCACCAACGAAGCCAUCGAGGAACAGGUGGCCCGAGAGUCCUACCUGCAGUGGCUGCAGGACCAGGAGAAACAGGCCCGACAGCCCCGUAAGGCCAGUGCCACCUGCAGCUCGGCGACGGCGGCCGCUUCCAGCGGGCUGGACGACUGGAGCACCCGAUCACCGCGGCAACGAGACUCUGACCCCUCCCACUCCGACCUCACGACCGCCCCAUCGACCCACAACAAGCCCCCAUCCCCCGCAGGAGCUGCCCUCAUCCUGAGCAAACCGCCUUCGCCCUGCGCCCCAGGUCUGACGGACUGGGAGGACGAUGAGAUUCUGGCGUCGGUGCUCGCCGUCUCCCAGCAGGAGUAUCUGGACAGCAUGAAACAUCAGAGCGCCGCCGCCAUGCAUCGAGAGAGGGAGCCGUCGCCCGACAGCAGCUGAUACCUGGGAAACGCGACACGCCCCCCCUCCCCCCCCGGCCCGCCUCACCCCUGACCCACAGACAGAACUCCAACAUGACAAAAUAAAUCAUCCAACACAGACGCACUCUUUUUUUAUCAUCAGCUUCCUCCUUCCUGCUUCACUUCCUGUUACCUCGCAGAGCUGGGUCUUACCGCUGAUCUGGGAUCAGUUGUUGUUUAAAGUCGGCAGCUUCCAGCAGGUUGAACUUUAACCCCUUCACAACCAUCCAGUUAGCUCUGUGGCUAACAGCGCCAGUGGUUUUAAUGAAGAUUGCUAACGCUAACCUGAACCAGACGUCCAGGCGUUCGGGCUCUGAGCUGCUGUCAGAACCAAACCUGAAGGCCCGUCACAUGUUCUGGUUCUUGUUAGAGAGCAGGAUAUUAGCUUUGUGGCUAAAGGAGUCAUUGGUUUUAAUGAAGAAUGCUAACGGUGAACUGAACUGGACGAUCUGCUCGAGCUCAGAACUGAACCUGAAGACUCAUCGGAGCUGGUUCUGGUUCUGCUCAGUGAUCAGGCCGUCAACCUAAAAAGUCUUAUCAUGUUUGUUGGCUGCUGUUAGCUUAGCUGCCAACAUCUGGAUCAUUUCCCACCACUGGCGGCCAUGUUGGCGGCCAUGUUGGUGUCGACACAUCAUCUGAGGAACAGCCUUCAGCCGGCGGCCUUAACUCCGCCUCCUCCUCCUCGACCUUCAUCAUCAGACUCAUUUAGCUGCAUGUUUAAUUGACCACCGCCGAUCUCAUCAUAGAGAAGAAGCAACAAAAUUAAAAAACGGAGAAAAUCGUCCUACUUAUCCUCCUAAUGAUCGAUUAUUGUUAUUAUUAAUAAUAUAAGUUUGUUUUGUUUUAUUUUCUCGUUUGGGAUGAAAACAGUUUUUUCUUGGAAUA